UUUCCCUUAGCGGUGAACGUGUGGGACGUAAGCCCACUCUUGAAAACUUUAGUUAUGACUUUAUAUUAAUCAUUUCUCGUCUUAACUGAAAAUAGCUACACGAUCAGUAAUUGUUUUGUUAUCAUAGGAUUAUUAUGUUCCGAACGUGGGAGCAUAUAUUAUUAUAAUCUUUUCAACAAUUUUUCAGAGAUUUCAGAUCCCCAGUGUGAGUGACAUUAAUUAUUUAGGCGGUCACAGUUGUGCCAGUCAUAGGUAAAACCCGGUUCCUAGACGGUUUGUUUUAAAUAAUGAACUGAAAGCAGCGAGAAUGAGUCUGUUGCCGCGCACUGCCGAGGAGUUCAGUUCGGCUGAGUACUGGGAGCGCUUUUUCCGUCGUCGAGGAGACAAGGCUUUCGAGUGGUACGGAGACUACGGCCAGCUGUGCGGGGUGCUGCACAGGUACAUGAAACCGCGGGACAAGGUGCUCGUGGUCGGCUGUGGGAACUCGGAGUUGAGCGAACAGCUGUACGAUGUUGGCUACCAGCAGCUCAUCAGCAUAGACAUUAGUGAGACUGCAGUGGCUCACAUGAAGCAGCGCAACGCCGAGCGGCGCCCAGGCCUUACCUUCCUGCAGGUGGACGCCACCCAGACCCCCUUUGAGAGUGGCACCUUCCAGGCAGCACUGGACAAGGGCACCCUGGAUGCCAUGGCAGCAGAGGAGGAGGGUCUGCUGGCAACGAGGAUGCUGGCGGAGGUGGGCCGAGUGCUCGCCGUCGGCGGACGCUACGUUUGCGUGUCUCUGGCACAGGAGCACGUGGUGAAGAUGGCGGUGGAGCACUUUGUGCGAGAAGGCUGGGCGGUGCGGGCGCACUGCCUGGGAAAUCAGGAUUGUGGUUCGGCCUCUUUUGCGUUGCCUCUCUUCGUGCUAGUGUGUACCAAGUUUCGGAAGCCGCCCCCAGCUCCUGUGCUUGAGGUCUGCCAAGGUGAGGAUGGCCCCCCCUGCCGACUGGCAACUGUGCUGGAGUUGCUGCGUGUGGUCAAGGAGCGGCAGGCCUAUGCCUUGCUGCGGCAGAAGCUCCGCACAGACACAGAUGGCAGUCGGAGCCCCUCUCUCACCCUUUGCCAUGCCUCCACUGGUCGCCCCCGCUACACCCUCACUGUACAGGACAGUCCCGCCACAGCUAAGGUGCCCCGCGCCAAUCACUUUGCAAUAUUUAUAGGUAAGUGCCACACAUUGCCACGCAUAGAGUCAUAUGUCACAUUUCAUAUGCUGAAAUACCGGUUUGUUGAAAUUCUAAUCAAGUCUGUUUGUACCACAAAGUGUUUUCUUGGGAAUCACCGAAAGAGGGAUUUCUUCUCUGAUCGUUCAGUGCCUCAGGGUCGGGAAUCUGACUGGUUGUACGGCUCGGCCGAAGGACGUAGCCAGCUGGCGCGCAGUGCGAACUUUCGGCGACUCGUCAUUGUUGCGAUGCACAGAGAUCAGGAGUAUCAGGACAUGCAGUCUGUCCAGUCAGAGCUCUCUCCUAUGGUGAUGGAGCUUGCCCCUCCGGGAAUGCCAGCACAUCAGCAGGUGCCUUUCCUCUCAGUGGGAGGGGAGCUUGGAUGGAGGGAGGUGGUGAGUCAAGGUAAGAGUGCUCUCAGUGGGGAGUACUGUGUGGAAGAUGUUCGGGGGGAGGAUGGCCUCCUGUACCGUCGGCUGGUGUUCUUGGACAAUGCUGGAGUGGUGCAGUCGGAGAGUCGGCUCAGCUCUACACCUGCCGCAUCAGGUCGGAAGAAGAACAAAAAGAAGAAGCCAAAGCCAGAGGCUCCCCCCACUCAGGGAGGUGCGAACACUGCCACCACGGCUGUAGACAAGACUUUCCUGUGCUGUGCUCACCACCAGGUCAUGGUGGCUGGACUAUCCUUGCUGCGUAUGGGCUUUGGAGAAAGCAAUGGUGCUCCCGUAUCCGUGCUGUUGGUGGGUCUUGGUGGAGGGGGACUACCACAGUUUCUGCGGGACUUUGUCCCAGGAGCUUCUGUGGAGGUGGUUGAGCUGGAUCCUGCUAUGCUGGAAGUAGCUCAGCAAUGGUUUGGGUUCCGCGUGGACGAUCGGCUCAAGGUGGUGCUUGGAGAUGGACUUGAGCACAUCAACACUUUGGAAAAUCAAGGUGGUCAUUCCUAUGAUGUUAUCAUGUUUGAUGUCGACAGUAAGGAUCCCACUCUUGGAAUGAGUUGUCCUCCUCCUGCCUUUGUGGAAACAACUUUCCUUAAGAAAGUUCACAAUCUGCUAACUGCUCGAGGUGUGUUCAUGUUAAACCUGGUGUGUCGGGACUCUUCUCUGAGAGAGAGCGUGCUGGAGCGGGUCCGGGAGGUGUUUUCGUGUGUGCUGUCAAGAGGGAUUGAGGGGGAGGUCAAUCAACUACUCCUUUGUACCCAUGGAGAGGGAACAAACACCUUUGCAAGUCCACAGGCACUGAGGAAGGCUGGCAAAAGCUUGCAGGAGGUGCUGCAUGCCUCUAAUGCACCCUGCAAGCCAGAGAUUGACAUUGCCACACUGCUGGGCGAUCUAAAAAUUACUUGAGAAAACAGCCAGGAAAUUAAGUUGGUGCGAUAGUCAUACAAAAUAAGUUUUUGUGAAUUAUGUGAUUGCUUGUCUGAGAAAGCCAAAGACCAGGGGGCAUGACAGGAUGGGAGGAAAGAAGUGCGGUUUUAUUCUCCUGUAUUUGUUUCUUCCUUUUUAAAAUAUG